GCCAGGCGAGGAGGGGGUGGAGCCUGUCGGCGGCGGCGGCGUCCCUGCUGCUCCUGCUCCUGCCGCCUGUUGUUUUGCGCCGGGGCGAUGGCUUCGAUGGCGGCGGCGAUCGCGGCGUCUCGGACGGCGUCCCUGUCGGGGAACCGCCCGCUGGACGAGCGGGAGCGGAAGCGCUUCAGCUACUUCUCCUCGCUGAGCCCGAUGGCGCGGAAGAUCAUGGCGGAGAAGGCGCGCAUCCGGGAGCGCUACGGGCCCGACUGGGAGCGCCUCCCGCCGCGCCGCCAGGACGAGAUCAUCGACGCCAGCCUCGUCCAGCCGCACGUCCAGGCCCGCUACGCCGCCCACCGCGGGGGCCCCAGGCAGGCCCAGGCCCAGGCGCAGCUCCUGCCCAGCCUCCGCAUCAACACCGGCCAGAAGGUGGUGCACUUCGGCGAGGAGGAUAUCACCUGGCAAGAUGAGCAUUCAGCUCCUUUCUCAUGGGAAACUAAAAGUCAGAUGGAAUUCAGCAUUGCUUCUCUAUCCAUACAAGAACCGAAUGGAGUGACAGCACAGAAUGAACAGAAACAACCUGUCAAAGCUGCUCCAGCUCCUCCGCCCCCCAAGUCCUCACAAGUUGGCAAAAUGCCUGGCCCAGAUGGGCUUAUACUACCCAGGAAAGAGGAGGAAGCUUCAUUCUGGAAGAUAAAUGCAGAGCGCUCCAAGUGUGAGGGUGAACAGUCUCAGUUCUAUUCUCUUACCCCAAGCCAGAUCAAAUCCAUGGAGAAAGGCGAGAAGGUCCUUCAGCCCUACUACAGGCAAGAAUCUGGUACAAAAGAGGCAACUAAAAUAGAGAAGCUGAGUGCUGCUAAGCCUGAGAAGGAGGUCACCCCAGUUCUUGCCACAACAUCAAUAGAAUGGGAAAAAAAUCAGCCUUCUCCACCUUCGGUUAAUGCCCUUAAUCCUCCUGAAUCAUUAGAAGAGUCACCAGUGACUGGGACCAAAAGCGAAGACAGUGAUAGUGGCUUUCUUUCAGAUCUGCAUACGCUUGGUCAGAGCAAUUCAAGUAAUGUUAUCUUGAAGACGGGAUUUGAUUUUCUGGACAACUGGUAAAGAGACACUGAAGUAGCAUCUGCUCACUUUUGGAGAAAGAAGAAGAGCAUCUUUUCUGUUUCUGUUCUCUCGUUGUUUUGUUCUUGGCUUUAAAUCUUUCUUUUUUAAAAUAGUAUUUUUUUUCCAGCUCUUUUUAAAUGUUGCCUUUGUACUAACACUUUUUUGUAAAACCAGAUGGUAUUUGUAUUUUGGAAUGGUGAAGUGUUAGAAGUGUUUUUAAUUAUUAUUAUUAUUUUAUUAUUAUUACUCUAUUCAAUGACUAGCCAUGAUGAGGAUGGCCUGGAUGUAUUUCUAUAUUGUUAUAUGUCUAUUAACUGCAAGGUUGAGAAAUUGAUCAGAGAGAGAGAGAGAGAGAGAGUCUGAAGAUGCCUUAAAGGGGCACACAGUUUUGUUCUGCACACUCAUGGGAAAUGCUAACAAAGUGCAAUGAAGAGAAGAACCAUUAAUAUUGGUGGGGUGGGGAAUUAGAUUUAUUAAAGCACAAUGCUUAAAUACCAAAAUAUAUCAUGUUUAUUUAAAAUAAAUUAAGGCAUGUUUUAGUUUGACCUGGCUUAUUUCUGUUGCUGCUUACUGGUUUGCAAAACAGAACUGAGCAGAGUUACCUGAUACUGUAUUAAGAAAUAAUUUUGGUAUAAACAUGGCAUAACUAAGGGGGAAAUGUUUAAAAUAGGCAUGCAUGUAUUUGGGACAAUAAUUUGCCAGAAAUAAAGCAAUGGACAGCAAAAGAAUCCAGAUAUGAAAUAUUAAAAUAUAACAAAAUAAAAUAUAUAGAACAAAGAAGCUCCUUUCUUUGUAUAGAUUUGUAAGACCACUGCAAAACAAAACCUUGUGAUGGGGAAUGUAAUCUUAGAGGGCAACCGAUAGUGUUGGUGCUUGUUGGCAUUCCUGUAAAAGUGCCAUUAGAGAAGUGUACCAUAUAAUCUCUAAGGGAGUGGAUUUUUUUCCUCUUCUCCCUUUCAAGAAUAUAUAUUGUCAUCCACCAUAUUGCAAAGCAUCAUGAGAUGGUUUGUUUAUUGUUUUUAAAUUUUAAAAAUGGCAUCUUUUAAAGAAAUGAGUAAUUUCUGGUGCUAUUUCUAGGAGCAGAACUCCAGCUUGUCACAUGCGCCUUGGUGUGCUGUUUUUGUUCUUGAUGUUACAUAUAGGGAGCUCUUUACAUGAGAGGGGAACAUGCAAAAAUGGUGCCUCCCAGCUGUAGCUUGAAAAAAAAACUACCAACCUACCACUCAGGUUUCUACCACCUUCUUUCUGCUGUAUUGUAAGCCAGGCUUCGUUCUUGUCUAAUGUUUAAGAUGUAUACAAGUAGAACAGCUAUGUCAGUUGAAAGUGUAUCUUGAAAAGCGCCCUGUAGCCUUCCAUCCUGACUCAAUCUCCCACACCUUCACGCCUUAAUUUCCCUUUGCGCACAAAUGUUAUUCUCUCCUAUCCAAUGCCAAAGGUGACUAUCCUUCUGAAUUUUUAAUCUUCAGAAUGGAGUUUCCAGUGCAGUGAUCGGCUGUAGUGGCUCCUUGUGCAUGGUGAUUUUUGAUGCCACGUGGAGAUCUUCCAAUGUUUGCAUUGAGGUGCAGAUGUCAACAUAUGUUUGUAGAAUGAUGAUGGGAGCUGGGAAGGUACUUGGUUGAGGAAUGGUGCUGUAUGUCCAAAAGCAAAGCACUUUCUCUUCCUAAAGUUAAUUACAGUAUAGUCUCACUUAUCCAACAUAAACGGGCCGGCAGAACGUUGGAUAAGCGAAUAUGUUGGAUAAUAAGGAGAGAUUAAGAAAAAGCCUAUUAAACAUCAAAAUAGGUUAUGAUUUUACAAAUUAAGCACCAAAACAUCAUGUUAUACAACAAAUUUGACAGAAAAAGUAGUUCAAUAACCAGUAAUGUUAUGUUGUAAUUACUGUAUUUACAAAAUUAGCACCAAAAUAUCACAUUAUAUUGAAAACAUUGACUACAAAAAUGUGUUGGAUAAUCCAGAACGUUGGAUAAGCGAGUGUUGGAUAAGUGAGAAUCUACUGUACUGGUAGUCUCCACAAUAACUAUGAUGAGAUACGGCCAUAGUAAUCUUAAAAGGUUUCCAUUCCCUUGACCGUUGACUAGUGCAACCAAAUCCUGAAAAUUCGGGUUACACCUGCAUAAAUUUGGUGUUGUUCUUUCUCAUUUCAGUCCACUUGCUAAUCAAACUGCUGCUCCUUUUAUUGUAUUUUGUAGCCAAGCAAUAUAUAGUAUGUUCCUCAAGUAUCCCCAGUGAAUUAAGAGUCAACUUCUUUAUUCCUUCUGUUUUAACAGAAGAUAAAGUGUGUGGGCAAUACAGUAGUGAACAAAUGCAGUUUUCAAGGCUGAAUCACAUUUUAAUAGGUUGUCUUUCUCACUCAUGUGCGCACUAAAGUGAUUGUAGUACAAGGGAAGGGUGGGAUUUGUGUGCCUCUCCAACCUUUCAUGGCUAUGGUAGACCCUUAGUUUGGAACAAAAGCCCCAUGUGGCAUGUUUGAAGAUGGAGCUUGCUCUCACAGUGGAAUGGAUCAAAACCUAGAACGCAUCUACAUUGUAGAAAGAAAGCAGUUUGACACCACUUGAACUGCCAUGUUUCAGUGCAUUGGGAUCCUGAGAAUUAUAGUUUGGUGAGGCACCAGCACUCUUUAGCAGAGAACACUUAAGACCCUGCAAAACUACGGCUUUCAGGAUUUCAAAGCAUUGAUCCACGGCAAGUCAAGUACAGUCAAACUGGACCAAUUCUACAGUGUAGAUGCACUUUUAAUCAUACUUAGUGUAAACAUCUUGAAAUCAAUUGAACUUAAGUCCAGAUGUAAAUCUUCAUCUUGUUAUUGGAUGCAGCAUCAAACAAUAUCUAAACUUUUUCUCUCUCUUGUAUUUUCUCAAUACAAGUUUUGUGUAUUUUUUGCAAACUAUUCUCUUCAUCUAACUUUUGUGAAACAAAUACUGUUUUGCGAAUAACACCAUGUUUUUUCUUCAAAAAUGAUUUUGUGCAAUCAAAUGUUUGUAGUCGUAAAGCGCCUCACAAUACUUGUCUAAUAAAAAGGUGUCUCAUUG